CCUCUCCUCUCCAGCCCUUCUCCUGUGUGCCUGCCUCCUGCUGCUGCCACCAUGACCACCACCAUCCGCCAGUUCACCUCCUCCAGUUCCAUCAAGGGCUCCUCCGGCCUGGGGGGCGGCUCAUCCCGCACGUCCUGCCGGCUGUCCGGCGGCCUGGGUGCCGGCUCCUGCAGGCUGGGAUCUGCUGGAGGCCUGGGCAGCGCCCUCGGAGGUAGCAGCUACUCCAGCUGCUACAGCUUUGGCUCUGGCGGUGGCUAUGGCAGCAGCUUUGGGGGCGUUGAUGGGCUGUUGGCCGGAGGUGAGAAGGCCACCAUGCAGAACCUCAAUGACCGCCUGGCCUCCUACCUGGACAAGGUGCGCGCCCUGGAGGAGGCCAACACUGAGCUGGAGGUGAAGAUCCGUGAUUGGUACCAGAGGCAGGCCCCGGGGCCCGCCCGUGACUACAGCCAGUACCACAGGACAAUCGAGGAGCUGCAGAACAAGAUCCUCACAGCCACCGUGGACAAUGCCAACAUCCUGCUGCAGAUCGACAAUGCCCGUCUGGCUGCUGAUGACUUCCGCACCAAGUUUGAGACAGAGCAGGCCCUGCGCCUGAGUGUGGAGGCCGACAUCAAUGGCCUGCGCAGGGUCCUGGAUGAGCUGACCCUGGCCAGAGCCGACCUGGAGAUGCAGAUUGAGAACCUCAAGGAGGAGCUGGCCUACCUGAAGAAGAACCACGAGGAGAUGAACGCCCUGCGAGGCCAGGUGGGCGGUGAGAUCAAUGUGGAGAUGGACGCUGCCCCAGGCGUGGACCUGAGCCGCAUCCUGAACGAGAUGCGUGACCAGUAUGAGAAGAUGGCAGAGAAGAACCGCAAGGAUGCCGAGGAUUGGUUCUUCAGCAAGACAGAGGAGCUGAACCGCGAGGUGGCCACCAACAGCGAGCUGGUGCAGAGCGGCAAGAGUGAGAUCUCGGAGCUCCGGCGCACCAUGCAGGCCUUGGAGAUCGAGCUGCAGUCCCAGCUCAGCAUGAAAGCAUCCCUGGAGGGCAGCCUGGCGGAGACAGAGAACCGCUACUGCGUGCAGCUGUCCCAGAUCCAGGGACUGAUCGGCAGUGUGGAGGAGCAGCUGGCCCAGCUUCGCUGCGAGAUGGAGCAGCAGAACCAGGAGUACAAGAUCUUGCUGGACGUGAAGACGCGGCUGGAGCAGGAGAUCGCCACCUACCGCCGCCUGCUGGAGGGCGAGGACGCCCACCUGACUCAGUACAAGAAAGAACGUAAGCAUCUUGGUGGCUGAGACCCUGGGGACUGGGUGCAUGGGACAGGCAGCCCACCUGCACAUUGCUGGGGCAGGGUCCCCAGGAGCUCCAGGAGUUGAUGGCUAUCCCUCAGCAGGGGUGGGAGAAGUGAUCCUUUAGCACUGAGGAUUGAUACUCAGGAAAAGAUCAAACGAGAGAGACACUGUCUGGUCUGAUGGGGGUGGAGUAGGGAACUGGUCCUUACCUUGGAGAUCCUAGUCUGAUGGAGGAGACAGGUCCCAGCUCUGGAGUUGUCAUCUGGUGGGAAGACAGGAACAUGGUCUCACGAUCUUUGCUCUUGACAGCUUUCGGAUGAGCAAAAGCAGUCCUGUCUCUGGGGACUGUAGCCUGAUGGGAGAUAGGGAUGUGGUCCUUGUCCUCCAAAUUCCAGUCUGAGGGAGAAGAUAUGAUCCUAGCCCCAGGGUUCCUAGUCUAAUGGAGGAGGUAGGAGCCUGGUUUUCGUCUUGGCGAUCCCAGUCUGAUGGGGAAGAUAGGAGCAAAUCUACGUCCUGGAGACUGCAGAGAAAUGGAGAUGGAUUUCAUGGAGUCUACAUGGCUCCUCCCUGGCAGGACACACUGGGUCAGAAUCAAAUAACCCAUCUGGGGAGGCAAGACUCACACAGGGCCACCGGCAGAGGGAUGGGAUGGAAGGGAGGCGGUGGCAGGGACAGAAGGGAUGUGUGUAGUGUGACGUCGAGGUGCCAGUGGAAGCACUCACAGCACCUGGGGGAGGAUGAGGGAGACAGCCGGCUCCUGUCCAUGAGGGCUAUUGGGCAAGCGAGGGUCUCCUGGUCCCUACACACUUUCAAGCGCCUGCUUCUCCUGCAGCGGUGACCACCCGUCAGGUGCGUACCAUUGUGGAAGAGGUCCAGGACGGCAAGGUCAUCUCCUCCCGCGAGCAGGUCCACCAGACCACCCGCUGAGGACUCAGCUUCCCCCGGCCAGCCCCCCAGGAGGCAGGGAGGCAGCCGCCCCAUCUGCCCCGCAGUCUCCGGCCUCUCCAGCCUCAGCCCCCUGCUUCAGUCCCUUCCC